UUUCCAAUGUCAUGAUAAAAACUCAAAUUUCUGUAAUUUUUGUAAUAAAUUUCUAUAUUUUCAAGAAUUAAUAAAAUACAAACUUGAAAAAUAAUAAAAUACUUCAAACUAUUAAUAAUAAUGAUGAAUAAGUGUGAAGUGGCUAAAACGUUUAGUCUAAUUGUAUUCAACAUAUCAAUCAGAACGUCGUGGACUUAAAUUCCACUUUGGGCAUGAAUGAAUUAAAUGAAAGUAAAGGUUUAUUAAUUUAUUGCAAUCUGCUAGAUCAUACAAUGAUUUUUGUCUUCAAAUACUUCCAGAUAUGGAGCAGGAAGUGAAUUUGGAAGGGAAGCUAGGGAGGAAGCGCGUCGAAAGAAGUAUGGUAUCAUCAGCAAGAAAUACCGGCCAGAAGAUCAACCGUGGAUUUUGAAAGUUGGGGGAAAGACUGGUAAAAAAUUUCGAGGUACACGAGAAGGAGGUGUAGCAGAAAAUGCAGCUUAUUAUGUUUUCACACAUGCCCCUGAUGGAGCUAUAGAAGCCUUUCCACUGCAAGAAUGGUACAACUUCCAGCCAACACAACGUUACAAAGCUCUCUCUGCUGAAGAAGCAGAACAAGAAUUCGGCAGACGCAACAUGCAAGUUAACUAUUUCUCUCUAAUGAUGAGGAAGAGAUUGCGAGGUGAAAAGGAGGAAGAUCUUGACGAUGGUGAAGAACAUAAAGUGAAAGGAAAGUCAAAGGCAAGGAAAGGUGAUUUGAAAAUUUCUGAAAUGGAAGACUGGAUUGAAUCAUCCGAGAGCUCCGAAUCAGAUGAAGAGAAUAACAAAGAAAAAGAAGAAGAAAAGCCCAAAAAAAAGAAAAAGGCACCUCCUAAGAAGAAGAAGAAACAUGAUCCUGAUGACGAGGCAUUUGAAGAAAGUGACGAUGGAGAUGAGGAAGGGCGGGAGGUUGAUUAUAUCUCAGACUCUUCAGAGAGUGGCUCCGAUCAUGAAACCAAAGUCACUAAAGAACUGAAGGGAGUCGAGGAAGAAGAUGCUUUGCGAAAAUUAUUGUCUUCAGGAGAAGAAGAGGAAGAGGAAGAACAAAAAAGAGGAAGGGGAGAAGGAGAAGAAUCAGAAGAUACCAAAGGGAAUAUGCCUAACUUACUAAAGGAUGAGAAGGACAAGAAGAGUAGAAAAAAAAUAAGGAUGAGAAAGAAAAAGGAUGGUCAAAAUAAGUGCUGGCAAGUUUCACGUUCUGGCCGACCCCCCACAAAGGAAAGCCCUCUCCUGCUGGCGGCCGCAGUGGACAGCCCUGAGAAGCGCAAAGCUGCAGCUCCCGAUCCUACUGCAGAAAGAAGAGUCGUCUGGAUAAUUUUGGCAACUGCAGUAGUAUCGCUAUUCCCUGGCUCGAGAAUCUGGAAUUACAGAAGAUGCUGUCCGAAGGUAUCUUAUGCGUAAACCUAUGACAACUACAGAACUCCUUCAGAAAUUCAAAACAAAGAAAACAGGAUUGUCUUCUGAACAAUUGGUCAACAUAAUGACUCAUAUCCUGAAGAGGAUCAACCCAGCUAAACAGACAAUUAAAGGAAAAAUGUAUUUAUCCAUCAAAGCAUAAUUCUCAGGGUUAAAAACACUAAGUAUUUGUGUACAAUUUUGUCAUUCUUAUAGGCUUAGUUCACAUACAUAAAUCUCAUGAAAGGCUCUGUAGCCUUAAUGCUCGACUGUAAUACACACUUCUUCACUUUCCUAUUUAACAUUUAUUCAUUCAUUCAUUAUAUGCAUCUACCUUUCAAGCUCAUAUGCUGUGCACGUACGACCAAUAGAACAUGUGGUUGUUAUCUAGUUCAUUAGUAAAAGUUAUAAUAAGUACAAGUGUACAUUUUAGUCCAUACAUUAGAAGUAUUAAUUGUGUUACUGAUGUUUAGUUAAAGGCUUAAAUUAGUGCAUUUCAUUGUACAUGUUCUGCAUUCAGAAUCCAUGUGCAUUUAUCUUUUUUUGUUUUUGUAAAGUUCUUUUAAUCAGUAGACAAUUGUGAUGUUAAAAGAAUUUAUUAAAAUUGUAAUGAUUAAUAAUAUUGAGUUUCCAUAAAUCAUCACCUGAGAUCC